AUGCUAAAAUCAAGUUUAUACGAAUUCAACUGUAUUAUUCUAGGUGGUCUGUGGGGUUUUCGUCCAGCACUUAAUCGAACAAUGGCUAGUAUAUUUCUAAAAGAAAUUCUAAAUCAUCAAAUAGUUAGCCGAUAUACUGGUCGAGGUGAUCAAACAUUUUUAGCAGAUCAUAUAUGGCCUUAUAUUCAAGAUCAUCUUAUUGCACAUGAUAGUCAUUUAUGUACUACAUCGUAUGGAAAAAAUUCUCAACCAUGGCCAACACGUCGACCACUAUUGAAUGAAACAGGUUGUUUUGUUGGAUGUGUACGUCCUUGUUGUAAAAUAUUGAAACAUCCAUUUGGUAAAUGUCCAAUGGCUUGUCGACCAAAAAAUCAUACAGACUGGACAAUGUGUUAA